CUCUUUCGUUUAUUUUGGUUUCUCUUUUUUUCUCGAUUGCUUUUUAAUUAAUUUCCUUUGUUUCUAUUGUUUUAUUUAAUUUCUUUAAUUCAGUUAACAAACUGUAGAGUAAAUUGUGACCAUUGUGAGAAUGUUUAAUUUGCUAAAUCAUUCUGAUUCUCCCCUCAUCAAUUCACUUUAAAAAAAAAUUCUCUUUCUCUUUGUCUUUCUCUCUUCAUUGUUUAUGCUCUUCAGAGCUUUUUUAUGAUUUGUCUCUGUGAUAAUUAUCACUUUCUCUCUCUCUCAGUUUAUAUUAUUACUAAUAAAUCAUAUUAAUAGCUUAUUAGUAAAUCGUAUUACAAUUUGAUUAUUCACCAUUUUCUUUGAAUACUUAAAACCCUUUGGUUUUUAUUGAGAAACAAGAUCUUCCAUAUCUUCAUGUCUUCUUUGUCUGGAUCCUGUUUUUCAUGUUGACGUUUCCAUUGGAACCCCUGGUAUUAUUGGUCAAUCAAUUUAAUUGUUUUCCACUCAUUUACAAACAAUCAAUUUGUGCUCUUCCAUUUUCAAUCUACAAGUGAUUUUGGUUAUCAGUUUGGUUGAACAAGUCAAUUUAAUCUACAGUUUCUUUUCUGUAUGUGAAAGAUGAAGUAAAAUUGACAUCCAACUACUUGUUAUACGCACUUUUCAAGCCUCAAUUAACUAUAUCAUAAAUAUCCCUGGUAAUUGAACAUAAUCAACAUAAUCAACUUUAUCAAUUUAUUUACACCUAUUCACCGUUACUACAUGAGAAAAAUUGUUAUCAAUUUAUUAAUGUGAUUUCUGUUAAGUUAAGCCAAACCUUCAUCCUUUGUGUCGGUCAUUGAUGGUUUACUUUGAUUGGAGAUCUUCAAAUAUAAAGAGAUUCAAGUUGAUACAGAAGAAGAACCUGUUGCUUCCCAAUUAAUUCAAUCAUCGUUAUUAUUAUUUUUUUUUUUGGUGCCUUAUUGGACUUGUUUGUCCUGAUAAUAUCUCACAAAUUGACAAUUUGACAAACACUCAUUGCUCAAACAUGAAUUAUCUUUGGAAAAUAUUUUUGCCGAUACUUUAUUGUUACUAUUUAUUUUCAACAGCCUGUUUGUCACAAAGUCUACUUGACCAAGGAGGCCUAUUAACUGCCUUUGGAGAUUUAAAUAAUGAUAAAUUAACUGAUAUUUUUGUGAUUACUGAUGAUGGUAAAUCUUUUGGUGUUUUACUAGCACAGGAUAAAAAUGUUUUCACUGAGAUUGAGCGUAAAUGUACAAUUCCAGAAGAUGAGUUAAUCGUUGGACUGAUACCAAGUGAUUUUACUGGUAACGCCAUGAUGGAUAUUCUAGUUGUUUCAGGUUCACCCAAAUCAACUAGUGAUCUUAUUGAUUCAUUUAAUCUUCGGCUAUUACGACCCAAUGGAUCUUCUAUUGAUUGUACUCCUCUUCAUGAACCUCCUUUUGCAACCGUUGGUUCUCAUCCUGCACUUUUAGAUUACAAUGGUGACAUGAUUUCUGAUUUCUUAGCUCAGAGUGAUAAAUCUCAAGAUCUGGCCUAUUUCGUCUGGAUUGGUACUGAAAACGGACUACCAGAGAAGAUCCCGUUCCCACCUUCUCGAGAGGGUUAUCAUCCAUUUGCACCCACACCCAUGCAAUCACCUCAUUCAAAUGCCUUCAUAGAUCUCAACAAAGAUGGAGUAGCUGAUAUUUUCAUCACCACUACUAAAGAUUUACAAUAUUGGUUUGCCGAUAAAAAUGGUUACCCAGGACCAACAUACACUUUCAAUUAUCCUGUGUCGUCCAUUGGUGAACUUAAAAUUGGCCAAUCUAUUUUCGCUGAUAUAAAUGCCGACGGACAAAUUGAUCAUCUACUUCCUGUUUGUAAUCAUUACUUUUGUAGUAUUUAUGCUCUUUCAUGGGACACCUCGGGCUCUCAUGAAUGGAUCGUUCUACUGGAAAACAUUAAAAUCGACGGUAAUCCCUAUCAAUUUGUUGAAAUUGAUCAUAUUAACUUUAAAAUACCGAUUUCCGUUCGAGCUGGAGACAUCACAAUGGAUGGUUAUCCCGAUCUAAUUGCAAUCAUGCGUUUUGGUAAUCACCUUAAUGAAGUUGUCAUCUUUCAGAAUGAAGCUUCAUCCAAUAAUACAUUUGGUCGACAUUUUUCACCGACUGUUGUUCCCCCAAGGAAAAGUCUCUCCAAUGCUGGUGACCCUGAACUGGCCACUUUCUUUGAUAUCGGUGAAAAUGGUAAACUUGACAUUCUAAUUAACACUGGGCCACUUUACAAUCACACUCGACCUCCGUCAACACCUUUACAAACUUCAAAGAUGAAAAUUUUUGGUGAAGUUGAUGAAACCGGAAUGGAUUCCAAUUUUCUUAAAGUUUUAGUUACUUCUGGCCUUUGUACAGAUCGUAAUUGUUACGGUAAAGAUUAUUACGUUAUUGAUAAAUAUCGUGUUCCCUAUGGUACCAAUCGACCUGGGCCAACUGUUUGCACCUCGUUUUUAGAUCCAAAAGGUGAACCGAUGGAAUCUUGUGCUGGCCAAUUAUCCCAAUCAGCUCAUUUUACCCUUCAAAUGCCUUAUUGUUUCUUUGGGCUUGGACCUUAUGCCAAUUAUAUUGAACGUUUGACGGCAACCGUUCCCGCCGGUAAUACAAGUAUCAUUUUAAAGCACGUUGAAGAAGAUUUUGUUCCCGAUUCUCAGAUUGUAAUAAUCACCAAUCCACUUUAUGAACCUAAAAGAUGGAAAGUUCAAUUCUGGUUAACACCAAGUGAAUUUAUCAACAAAACAUUAUACACCUUUUGUGCCAUUUGUCUUAUUCUGAUAAUCUUAAUUGCGAUCCUCCACCGGCGCGAAGUUCUUGAAGACGCUUAUGAGAAACAAUUGUUCAAAGGUUUUUGGGUGGACAGUUAAAUGACCAUAACGGAAGACGAAACAAAAUCUCAUAAUAACACACACACUCUCCCUUCCUGUAGACAAUUUUGACCUCACACCAAUGACGAAAUGAGGCAACAACAACAUAGGAUGGAGAGGGAGAGGGAGAGAGAGAGAGAGAACAGGAAGUAUGAUGAUUGUCUCCCACUCUCUCUCACACAAAACUUUGUCUUCAUUACGACAACAUCAACAACAAAAGUUAAUCUAAAAUUUUGUGUAAUCACUUGUGUUUGUAAAAAAAAAGUCCACAUAUUAUUGUUAACAUAAUAAUUUCCAAUGAUAUUUAUAUGAUUCCUAUGAGUUUUUCCGCUCCCUCCUGUUUGUUUUCAUAUUUAUGUCUGUGUAAACACAAUUGAAGUCCAUUAACUGUUAACUCAAUCAUCAACAAUGCCUACUAUCACUUUUUGAUUACAAUCUUCACAAUCAAAAAAAAAAUCCACAAUUAACCAACUCCAGUCUUCAAUUGUGUGAAUGGCAAAGGUUUACAAAAUCAGAAGAAACCUAAAUUUUAAUUGUAACACUUAUAUAUAAAUUAAAUCAAAAUUUACCUGUAAUUAAGAAACAACAACAAUUGAAAA